CCGCUCUCCUCCCUCCCUCCCCCAUAAUUCCCCGCGCCGUCCCCUCAGCCCGCCUCUGUAAACAUGGCGGCGGUGUCGGUGUUUCCCGGCGUGCGGCUCCUGAGUAUCGGGGACGCGAACGGGGAGAUCCAGAGGCACGCGGAGCAGCGGGAGCUACGGCUGGAGGCGCGGGGAGGGGACAUAGCGCUGUACAAUGAAAAUGUCUGCGUGUUCAAGUGUACGGUCAACUCGGAGACUGAGUGCAGCCGCGUGGGGAAGCAGUCCUUCAUCGUCACCCUGGGAUGUAACAGCGUCCUGGUUCAGUUCGCCACCCCGGCAGAUUUCUGUUCGUUUUACAAUAUCAUAAAGAACUGCCGGAGUUUGGGUUCUGACAAAAGUGUGUUCAGCGAGCGCACAGAGGAGUCCUCGGCAGUGCAGUACUUCCAGUUUUAUGGCUACCUUUCACAGCAGCAGAACAUGAUGCAGGAUUACGUCAGAACUGGCACUUAUCAAAGAGCUAUCUUACAAAACCACACAGACUUCAAGGACAAGGUUGUGUUGGACGUUGGCUGUGGUUCAGGGAUCCUGUCCUUCUUUGCAGUUCAGGCUGGUGCUCGUAAGGUGUAUGCUGUAGAAGCGAGUACCAUGGCGCAGCACGCUGAGCUGCUAGUGAAGAGUAACAACCUGACAGAUCGUAUAGUGGUCAUCCCAGGGAAGGUGGAGGAAGUAGCUCUGCCAGAGCAGGUGGAUAUUAUCAUAUCUGAGCCCAUGGGAUACAUGCUAUUCAAUGAGCGGAUGCUUGAGAGUUACUUACAUGCAAAGAAGUUUCUUAAACCCAAUGGUAACAUGUUCCCCACGAUUGGAGACGUUCACCUCGCACCAUUUACAGAUGAGCAGCUUUACAUGGAGCAGUUUACAAAAGCCAAUUUCUGGUAUCAGCCAUCUUUCCAUGGUGUGGACCUCUCGGCUCUGCGUGGGGCCGCUGUGGAUGAGUAUUUUAAGCAGCCGGUUGUGGACACCUUUGAUAUUAGAAUCCUGAUGGCCAAAUCUGUGAAGUAUACAGUGAAUUUCCUGGAUGCCAAAGAGAACGAUUUGCACAGGAUAGAGAUCCCCUUCUCCUUCCACAUGCUGCAUUCGGGCCUGGUACACGGCUUGGCCUUCUGGUUUGAUGUGGCUUUCAUUGGAUCCAUAAUGACUGUGUGGCUGUCCACAGCACCCACUGAACCGCUCACCCACUGGUACCAAGUCCGCUGCCUUCUGCAGUCCCCGCUCUUCACCAAAGCUGGAGAUACUCUGUCUGGAACAGUUUUGCUCAUAGCUAAUAAGAGGCAGAGUUACGAUAUCAGUAUUGUUGCUCAGGUGGAUCAGACUGGAUCCAAAUCAAGUAAUCUGCUGGAUCUGAAGAACCCCUUCUUUAGGUACACCGGCAGCACGCCGUCCCCUCCCCCUGGCUCACACUACAGCUCACCUUCUGAAAACAUGUGGAAUACGGCGGGGGCAUAUACCAUGAAUACAGGAAUGGCCAUGGGAGGAAUGCCCACGGCGUACGAUCUCAGCAGUGUUAUAGGUGGAAGCUCAGGCAUCAGUCACAGUAACCUCAUCCCUCUAGGUGAGCAGCCAGCAGUCGCGUGUUCUCCUGCAUCUCUGCGCCCGAAGCCCCAAGACCUGACAUACGGAACCUCCACUAACACAGGAAUCGUAAAUCACACCCACUCCAGAAUGGGAUCUAUCAUGAGCACAGGGAUUGUGCAAGGAUCGGCCACAGGACAAGCUGGUUCCACCUCCUCCACCCACUACCCAGUCAACAACCAAUUCACCAUGGGCGGCCCGGCCAUCUCUAUGGCUUCUCCCAUGUCUAUCAACACCAACACAAUGCAUUAUGGGAGUUAAGAUCGCUCGCCCUUCCCCGACCACCUUGCCCGUCCUACCUCCUCCCUCCCUGAUUCUCUCUAAGCAACAGGAUACCAAAUGACGCAGACACAUCUCUGCUUAUCCUCAUCCUUCUCUGCAGAAUCUACCCUCCUCCCCCUGACAGCCGCACCUCUGGGUUCCUUCUAUGCCCAUCCACCAUCUUGGUCUGUAAACAACCCGGUGGUCAUCUAACUCCAGUUUCUAUCAUAACUCAAAGCAAGAUGCUUUCUGACAAUGGACUUGUACAUUAUUAUUAUUUUGUUUUUUUAAAUAAAAAUAAACUUUGCGCAGUGUCAUAAAAGAUGGGCACGUGAAGAAUCAGGACCGGCCUGCGUAUUACGGAGGAGACGGGGAAUCAUGUAUUGCUCGCUCUGCUUGUACAGGUGUCAUAAUGGACUUGCGCUCGCCUCUCUUUCCCCCCUCCACAUUGCUGUGAAUUAGUAUUGAUACUGUAAAUGGAAAGUGAAGGGCAACUCCGGGGGCGAGAGACUAUACGGCAUCGCAGGAGUUUGCGUAGUCUCUUGAUGCCCAAAGAUAUAAGGCUAUUGCUAGUCUAUGGAGAAUACGUAAGGUUUACUUGCAGCCGGUGUUUUUAUUUAA